UCUCUUCCUGGAACCUUGUGGAAUCGAAUCCAAGACCUGGACCUCCUCUCAGCCUAAAAUGGCUUUAAAAAAGAAAGUGGGCUACAAGUGUCGCGUAGCAGGGGUUGUGUUUCUCCUGCUGGCUGGGAUUGCCGCCCUCGUUACGGUUGCCGUCAUCCAGAACACAUUGAAGAGUCAGGAGUACGGCUUAGAGUAUGGGAUAGUGAUUGACUCUGGUUCGUCCCGUUCCAAUGUGUUCCUGUAUGAUUGGCCUGGGGAGAAGGAGAACGAGACAGGAGUGGUGACAGAAACAAUCAACUGUAAAGUAGAAGGCAUAGCCAUCUCAGGGAUGAAGGUUAAUCCUCAGUUAGAUGCAGAAACAUGGAAAGGAUUUGAAAGUUGUAUAAAUAAAAUUAAAGGAAUAAUUCCUGCUGAGAAGUACAGAACAACACCUCUGUUUCUGGGAGCCACAGCUGGAAUGAGACUGCUACAUCAGAGAGAUGAACAGAAAUCCAAUGAAAUCAUGGAGAGUCUGAGAGAAUACCUGAGCUCACUGCCCUUCAAUUUCCAGAACGCUUCCAUCAUCACUGGACAGGAAGAAGGGAUGUAUGGGUGGAUCACAGUCAACUACUUGAUGGGAAACUUCCUGGAGAAAAACCUGUGGAACAAUUAUGUGCACCCACAUGGGUCAAAGACUGUUGGCUCCAUGGACCUUGGUGGAGCGUCAACACAGAUUGCCUUUCAGGUUGAGGAGAGUGGGAAUGGGCUGGACUACCUGAAGGUCAAACUGUAUGGUUACCACUACACUGUCUACACACAUAGUUUCCUCUGCUAUGGAAAAAAUGAAGCAGACAAGAGGAUUCUGGACAAAAUCGUGCAGGGAUCUUCUAACCAGUACCCCAUCAGAAACCCCUGCUACCCUAAAGGAUACAACACCACCAUGGUUGCGUCGGAAAUUUACGACUCGGAGUGCACCAAUAAACCCAAAAACUAUAGCCCAAACCAAAAUCUGUUUAUGGUUGGGGAUCCAGACUCGAGGAAAUGUGGAGAAAUUGUAAAGUCCAUAUUUGAUUUCAAAACUUGCUCUUCAUCACAGUGUUCCUUCGACGGAGUUGAACAGCCACCUGUCACCGGAGACUUCAAGGCGUAUGCUGGAUUCUUUUAUCUUGCCAGUGCUCUGCUUUUAAAUGGCACAUCAGAUCUGGAUCAGUUCAAUGCCUCAGUUGAAAACUUCUGCAACACACAUUGGACAGUGCUAAAAGAGCAGAAGCCAUGGAUCAAGGACAAACACCUCCGGACAUACUGUUACAGCACUCAGUAUGCCCUCACUCUCCUGGCAGAUGGGUACAAGUUUGACAAGGAGACCUGGAAAAAUAUUCAUUUUGAAAAAUCAAUAAAGGGUACCCACAUAGGCUGGAGUUUGGGCUACAUGCUGAGUUUGUCCAACAUGAUCCCGUCUGAAGUGAAGGAAAUCCCCCCACUGACAAACGCCGUCUUUGCUGGCCUCAUCUUUUUAUUUUCAGCGUUAAUCAUCGUGACUGCUGUUCUAGUGUUUAUCAUCCUCGUUCGCAUGUGCUACUGA